AUAGCUUAAUGUAUUGAUAAAAUAAUACACGACUUCAUGUAUUAUAUUAGAUUAGACGUUAGUGUAAGAUUAUGUGUGACACGGCCAUCAACGGUGUAAAUAUAGACCUUGAAAAGCGAUAUGUAUCUAUAACAGACAAUAUUUAGCUUUUUGUAUGUACACAUGUAAAUAUUUACAAAACAAUGAUGUUAUUUGAUGUUGCCAUUGGUUUGUUAAUUUUAUAUUUCGUUUGGAAGAUCAUAUUAUUGUACUUGCGAACGCUGGAGAUUAAACAAGUUUGUGAUCGGUAUGUAUUCAUAACCGGAUGUGACACGGGAUUUGGAUACCUUCUGGCAAGAUCCUUAGACGCAAAAGGAGUGAAUGUAAUUGCCGGGUGUUUAACAGAAAAAGGUUCACGCAACCUAAAGAAGGAAGCCUCUUCAAGAAUAAAGACUGUUCAACUGGAUGUGACUGAUAAAAAGUCGGUGGAGAGAGCAUUUGAACUUACCAAACAAUAUGUCGGUGACAAAGGUUUGUGGGGACUUGUAAACAAUGCUGGUAUAAUGCUGAACUUCUGUCCGGCUGAAUGGACGCCAUUGAAAGACUAUGAGACGGAGAGUAAAGUAAACUUGUUUGGAACAAUCGACAUGUCCUUGACCUUUCUACCACUGUUACGAAUGUCACGUGGUCGAAGGGAGUUGUUAGGUUCCGGUGUCACUACACAUACUAUCGAGCCAGGAGGUUUCAACACGAAUAUUGCAAAUGAAAGCAAGUUUCUCAAAAUAUUGAAAACAGCCUACGUUAGGUCGGAUACAGAAAGACAAAACUUUUACGGUGGAAAGAUUUCUUCAUACAUUUUCUUUGUAAUAAAAUGGUAUGGCGUCUUCAUUAAUACGAAGCCACAGAAAGUCGUUGACGUCAUGGCGCAUGCGCUGUUAGCAAAACAUUCGAAGAAUUCUUACGCCGUCGGACUGGAUGCUACGCUGUUCUUUGGUUUUCUGUCCUGGUUCCCGGAAUGGUUGGUGGACAGAUUACUCGGGUGGCCAGCACCGGAUGGACAUUUAUGCUCUGAAUUGCAAAACAUUGCGAAUAAAAAGAACUGAAUAUAGCAUAUUGUGUGUAAUUUGUGUAUAACAUUUCAUGAAAUCAUUAAUGUACAGUCACUUCAGGUCUGUUUAAGUAAUACUUUCAAAGUUCAGGAUGUGUAGAAAAUUUUCUUCACUCGUUGUUAUUACAAGAAAACAAUUGUAAAUCAUAUGCAUGUAUAGGAAUUCGUAAAAAUAUUAAACAUGGAUUUUUA